UAAACAUCUCCCUGAGAAGUUGAUGCAAAGGUUACCAUAAUCAUUACCAGUUUGUGGUCUUUUAAAAGUGUUCAUACCCGUUUAAUGUUUUCACAUUUUAUCACAAUAAAACCUCACAUUUGAUAUGUGAUAGAUGAACACAAAGUAGUGCAUUUUUGUGAGGUGAAAGGAAAACAUGGUGGUGGACGCAUCAUGAUGUAAGGAUGCUUUUUUUUAAUCAGGAACAAGGAUGUUGGUUUACAGUUCAUUGGAGGAUGGAUGGAGUUAAAUACAUGAAGAUCCUGUAAUAAAAUCUGUUGGACAAUGAAAAAGACUGGAGAUUGGGGCAGAGGUUCGCCUUCCAGCAGGACAAAUACUUUAGUGAUACAGCUAGAGGUACAAUAGAAUGGUUUAGAUUAAAACGCAUUCAUGUGACUGAAUCGCCUAGUCAAAGCCUAGAUCUAAGUCCACCUGAGAACUUGUGGCAAGACUUUAAUUUCAUUCUCACAGAUACUCUCAACACAGUCUGAAUGACACUGAGCUAUUUUGCAAUGACGAAUGGGAAAAACUUUCAAUCUCAAGAUGUGCAAAGCUGAUGGCAUAAUAUUUAAAAACUGUGACAGCAUCGAAUGAUAUAGGAGAAUUAAUACAAAUGCACUCACACACUCACUGAUGUAUCAUUUUCCUCUCUAUUCCCCAUUAUUUACAACUUGAUGUCAGUCUGUCACAUAAAUUUCCGGUAUAAUACAUUUAGUUUUCUGGUUGUAACCUGAUGAAAUAUGAAAAAAGAUCGUCCAUGCCUUUAAAAGGCAGCUAAACUUCUGGGAAUUCAAAUACAAAUUUACUAAUAAAACAUUUAAUGUUAUGAUACCGCAGUUUGCAGUUUUCCAGCACUACUCAAAUGUUUGACAUUUAACCUCAAAUGUAAAAGUCCAGGUCGGAAAACUCAAUAUUUUCGACCACUUCUGCAAAACGUGGGGGUGUGGAUGGAGAGGUUUGCUUGUAUUUUUGCAAACCCUCUGCGCCUUUAAGGCUGCAUGUGGUCUCGCAGCUUCGGUGGAGAUCUGUGUAGGUGCGCGCUUUCAAAGUUUCACUGGGGGGAUAGAGACAACAGGAGACGGCGGCGGCAUAUCGCCCCGUCGGGAGACAAAAGCGCACAACGUCCGAGGAAGAAGAGGAGGGACGGAGGAGAGAGAAGGACCACAGCUUACGCGGGGGAGUGUCCGAUAAGAACAAAGAGAGAGAGAGAAGAUGACUGAGCGGGUCCUGGGUUUACAGAUGGGAAUUACAGGGAGGUGGAUGUAACACGGAGCUCGCUGGAAGGAAGACAGGAAGAGGGACUCCCGGACCGGCAGCUGCAGCCCACCUCCUUUCAGCCAUGCCGCUUGUAUUCCGCUCUCUGUUAUUCGGCUUUCUAACGCUUCUGGUUGUGCUCUUGAUAAUUAAUGAUAUUGCAGAAGUGGAAAAAGAAAGCGCAAAUGUUGGACUCUCAAAAAAGACCAAUGUACACCAGUUCUUCCCAACUCACAGAAAGACUGCAGCACACACAGAUCCAACUGCAACUAGAAGAAUCACCAAAUAUAUGGAUCAUCAUGCUCCAAGCUGCAACAACACCGCCCCCAAACACUCAUCAAGCAGCUGGACCUUUAACAAGACCCUCUCCAACCUCAUCAGGAAGAAUAUUCUCAGAUUCCUCGACCCAGAAAGAGACAUCUCAAUCCUAAAGGGUACACUGAAGCCAGGAGACAUCAUCCACUACGUGUUUGAUCGCCAGAGCACCACAAACAUCUCAGAGAAUCUCUAUCGUCUGUUGCCAACCGCUUCGCCGAUGAAAAAUCAGUAUCACAGGCGCUGCGCCAUUGUGGGGAACUCUGGGAUCCUGCUGAACAGCAGCUGCGGACCAGAAAUCGACUCGCAUGACUUUGUUAUCAGGUGUAACCUGGCCCCAGUGGAGGAGUAUUCUCAGGACGUGGGCCGGCGGACCAACCUGGUGACCAUGAACCCCUCUGUAGUGCAGCGGGCCUUCCAAGAUCUGGUCAGCGACGAGUGGAAGGAGCGCUUCCUGCAGCGCCUUCAGAACCUCAGCGGCAGUGUGCUGUGGAUCCCGGCCUUCAUGGCGAAGGGCGGGGAGGAGAGGGUGGAGUGGGUCCUCCGCCUCAUCCUGGUGCACACUGUUGACGUGCGUACGGCCUUCCCGUCGCUGCGCCUUCUUCACGCUGUCAGAGGGUACUGGCUCACUAACAACGUCCUCAUCAAGCGUCCCACCACUGGCCUCCUCAUGUACACGAUGGCCACUCGCUUCUGCGAGGAGAUCCACCUCUAUGGCUUCUGGCCAUUUCCUCUCGGCCCGCAAGGCAGACCAGUUAAAUACCACUACUACGACAGCCUGAAGUACGAGUACACGUCCAGCUCAAGUCCUCACACCAUGCCCCUGGAGUUCCGGACCUUAAAGACUUUGCACAGACAGGGGGCGCUCCGGCUCCACACGGGAAGCUGUGAUUUGGACUGAGGAGUACAGAAAAAUCUCAGCUGAAGCCAUGAACCUGACUGAGCAGAGUCAAUACCAAAUGUUACUCUUGUUACUGCUUUAUCUGAUAAAACUUGGGGGAGGAAUUGAAAGGAAACAUUGUCAAUUACAGCCUUUUGUACUGGCUCCUUACAUGUAUUUUACCUUUAAUGAUAUUUCUAUGGCAACCAAUAUCUCUCGGGGUUCAUUUGUGAGCUUUCACAAAGGCAGCAGAUGGUUUGUGUUUUAUACCUGGGGCUACAGGUUUGGAGAAGAAACAAGCAUGGGCUAUUUCAAUGCUGCUUCAAAGAAACAAACCUGUAACUCCAUUUUGAAGUCAACUAUUUGUAUUAUAACACAGCAGGAAACUGUACACACAGGAAAAAUCUGUCACUUGCAACCUGCAGUGGUGAAUUCAUUUAAUGCUGUUUGUGAAGAUUUAUAGAACAAGUAACAAUUGAAAUCAGAGAAAUUAUACAAUGAUCAACAGAUAUUUUUAAUGCUAAUGAGCAAUUUAUGAUCUGAUAGGGCUCCAUUAAAGCUGUAAUCUUAACACUGGCAUGUCUGCUGCAUGGAGAGAUACGGCUUAGUGGCUCUUGUGAUUUCUCGAUGAGCCACAAGAUGGAAGCACUGAAUAAUCAGGGACAAUAAUGUACAAAGUUCAAAGCUGAGCAACAGCUUUCUUUCAUUCUAAAAGAGCUGAAAUGAUCCCUUUCCUCUUCAUUUUAAAUGUUUUUUGUGCUUUUGUAACUUAAUAUAAAGCACCUUAGAUUCCAGUAAUGCCCAGUCAACUGGAGCCAUUUUUGAUGAGGUUGCCUUGAGAACCAAACGACUGAUUGCAAGCAUGCCGUGUUGUAUGUACCUCCCGUGAGGAUAAAGGAGCAGUGUGCCAGCUGUUCACAUAUGAAUGUUUGCUCAACCAACAGUAAACUCAUUUUGCAGAGUUUCCUCAAAGUUUCUGUACUGGAAAUGUGAGAAAUGUGAGGUCAGAAAGUUGUUCACUGUUAGGAAGGAGACCCUUAGCAUUUUUAAAAUGAAUGUAUCAGUACCUUUCUUACAGUAAAUGAGCCACAAGAAUGUGCUUUAAAUUCAUUUGUAGCAGAAGAAGUUUCAGGGCAAUAACCCUGAAUCAAGAUAACACCUUGUGACCUUUAGGUAACGUUUUUUAAAUAAUGGAUGUGACUUUUUCCUUGUAUAGGGACGUUUUAUUAAUAUUAAACCAGUAUUUAUAGAGGUUGAUAGAGUUAUUAGUAUAUUUAAUUGUAGCUGCCACUGUUUUGUACCUAUAAUAAAAAAAUGCCAAUGUUUUAAAAGGACCACCUACAUGUUUAUUAAUACAAAGUUUCAUGAUCCAUGGCAGAAAAGGUCUUACAUACAGUUUUGGUCAGAGGGUAACAGAGAUCAUCAUUGGUAUAAAUGUCAGAUUAUUAUUUUUGGUGCUUUAGAUGAUUUAUUUAAACAGCUAUUUUUCAGGGUGGAUUGUAUGUAUUAUAUGUCGUACAACUACAACUGUUUAUUGUGAAUUAUCGCUAAUAUAGGUUCUUAAUUCUUAAGGUCCAGAAGUAAUGGCUAUCAAAACCAUGGUGAGUGGAUGUACACUUGAUUCCGGAUCUGUAAUUGUCUUGAUAUUUCUAAAAAGCAGUAAAUAAACUGUAUACACACAAAUACGCAAAAAAAAAGGUUAAAUUCGAGGGCUGACGUGUUUUAGGUCAUUAAGUGUUGACUGUUAUGACUUUAAACCCAAAACAUUUUGUGGCUUAAUUAAAAUUUUUGUACUUCCCCGAUUUCAGCAAAGACAUUUCUAGGAACUGUUUUUGUAUUCCUGAUAAUCAAUUUGUGCAUUUUGCUGCAACAAAAAUGCUCCCAUUAACAAGAAUUAGCAGAAGCAUCUCAAGUAUUCCAGGACGUUCUCUGCAGCCCAACAAGAUGCCUCUCAUGUGCUCGCAGCCACGUGAUUUUCGUCCAUAAAAAUGCUGUUUAUUGGGGGAGGCUUUGAUGAGAUGCGACUGCUGGCUUGCAUAUUAGCCUUAUUACCCCGCCAAUUAAGUUAAGAAUAGACAUGAAAGUUGCACCAGGGACGUCAGCAGACCAGAGCAAUGAAAGGUUUAUUUGUGAGAGGCUGUCUGAGCUCGGCAAACAUAGAAACAUUCUGUGACCAAUGCUAUUAGGGUUAAUUAACCCAGAAUCUGGAGUUUGCCACAGUUUGGAAAACUUUCUAACAUGUUCCUCCUUAGAUGAUGAGGAGUUUCUGUUGUGCUGUUUUCUUACGUUUUCCAUCGUGUAUAGUCUCUGUCAUUUUGUAUUACUGUCUGAAUCCAAGCAAAUGUAAACUUUUGCAUAGUUGUCUUUACUUGUGCGCAUUUUAAUCUUUGUAACUUAUUUAGUAUGACUCAUGGACACUUGGACUGCUCUGUUGUGGCAAUGUGGCAAUAUAGCACAAAAAUCCAGACUGGGAAAAUAUGUCAAGCCUCACCCUUUAAAGAUUCAACACUUCAAAAAGAUUACGUUUUAUUCCAGUAAUGUUGUAAAGACAUGGAAACUGAGGAAACAGACCCGUUUACACACAACAUCUGUGUAAAACUUGUUUUCCAGAAACUUUUAAAACAGCUUAAACUUUUUUUUUUUUUUUUUAUGUCUUCACAGCCACAGCUGAUUUUUAACAAGAACAACUCUCUGUAGCAGAUGACUCAAACGAAUAAAAGUCUAUAAUUAGCA